AUUCAAGUAGCAAGUCAUGGUCAGAUGGCAGUAUCUGUGUGUGUGGUGUAGUCAGUGUAGCAGCCACCACUGCUGCCUCAACACACGCUCUUGUGCCACUCAAGCAAUAGCUGAACAUUUUAGUCAAAUUUCGACGUAGUUUUCACGAGAGUCUUUGACGAUGGAAUUGUGGAGAGCAGUGUUGGUGUGGGUUGCGGUACUGCAGUCAGUGGUAGCCACCAAAGUGCUCUUCCUGGGACCUGUCUCUUCACGAAGUCACAAGAACUUUUAUAUGGGCAUUGUUAAUGCCUUGGCUGAUGAUGACAUCCAGGUUACAAUGGUGUCGUCAUUUAAGCCGUCGAAGGUCCGGGAAAAUGUGCGUGAGGUGGUACUGACUGGCGUGGAGCUUACCGACAUUUUUCCAAAUAUGUUUACCUCACGUACUAUGACUGGCCCUUUGACUGUGAUGAAGGUUAUGCCGGGACUGUGUGCAGAUGCUCUGGGAAAGGAAGAAGUUCAGCAUUUAUUGAAGGAAGAUUUUGAUUUGGUUUUCCUCAGUGUGUUCAUGUCCGAUUGUUUCUUAUCAAUAGUUUAUCAGUUGAAGGUUCCACUCAUAUAUGUGAGCCCAGGAGGGUUGAUGGUACAACUACCAUUAAUAAUCGGUAACCCACGCUUCCCCUCCUAUGAUGCCUCGGCUGUAUUAGGCUUCCAACAUCCUAUGACCUUCAUGCAGAGAACUAUCAGCACUUUGACUCAUGUUGCUAUGGACUUUUUCUUCUUUUACUUUUUUUCACCAAGAAUGGAAGCUGAAUGUCGUCGUCGUGGCCUUUGUCCAGAUAACAUGCCCAGCUUCUGGGAAAUAAGUUCAAAUGCAAGUCUUGUACUGAUAAAUGGUGUACAAACCAUCGAUUAUCCAGCUCGUCCUUAUGUUCCUGCCGUGAUACAUUGUGGAGGUAUUCAUCUGCGUCCCUCACAGCCUCUCUCACAAGACCUUGAAGACUGGGUACAAGGUGCUGGUGAUGCUGGCUUUAUCUACUUCAGUCUUGGCUCAGCUGUCACUCCAUCAACUAUGCCAGAGGAGUACCGCACUAUCUUGGUUCAAGUGUUUGCCUCCCUCCAGCAGAGAGUCUUGUGGAAGUGGGAUAAAAACACUAUGGAUGACCUGCCUCCUAAUGUCCGUCUUGGCAAGUGGCUCCCACAACAAGAUAUUCUUGGCGACCCUCGUUUGAGUUUGUUUAUCACACACGGUGGGUUGUUGAGCACCCAGGAGUCUAUGUACCACGGUGUGACGGUACUGGGGAUGCCUGUGUUUGCUGACCAACAUUCCAACAUGAACACUGUGCAGAGGGAAGGAUGGGGCAGAGUGCUUCUCUGGAAGGAACUUACCUUUGAUAAUCUCAAGAAUACGAUCAACAUCAUCAUGAAUGAUGAAAGCAUGAGAGCUGAGGUAGCAAGAAGGUCCAAAGUCCUGAGAGAUCGUCCACAAGACCCAGGAGAGGUGGCCCUCUACUGGACCAAGUAUGUUAUCAGACAUAAGGGCGCCCCACACCUCCGCUCUCCUGCUUCCACCAUGACUUGGUAUCAAUUGUAUAAUGUGGACGUGUGGGCAACAGUGACUCUGCUGUUCAUCAUUCUCACCUACGUCUCUAUACGACUUAUAGUUUCCUUGUUUUUCUGGCUCUGUUUUUCCAGCUCUAAAACAAAAACUGAAUAAAAUUUAUUUAGCCUAGAA